GCAUCUAGCUGUAAAAUGACAGAGCCAUUUAAUUUUGAGAAAAAUGAAAGCAAGCUUCCACCACAUGAGUCUUUAAGAAGUCCCGGAGGACAUCGUAACCAUCCUAAUUUCAGGUUGAAAAACCCAGAGAAUGGAAAUAAAAAUUUUGUUUUGUUUUGUGAGCAGACCAAACAGUAUCUGGCUAGUCAGGAAGACAAUUCAGUAUCUUCAGACUCUAACGGCAUCAGUGGAGAACUGGCUGGAUCCACAGGAGACAGGAAGAUGCUGCCAACAGGUAACUCUGUGUCACCAUUAAAUGUUGGAAAUAAUUCACCACCCAAAGAAGUAAAUAGUAAGACUAGCAAUAAUGUGCCUCCUGCAAAAUCAAAAAAAGUACACAAGUUGGUUGAGAGUUCCUUGUCCAUACAUAAUCCAGCACUCUUCAGCUCAUUAGGACUUCCUUUUCGGUCAACAACUUGCCAUAGCUGCGGUCUGUUUGAGUCGCUGAGGUGCUCACAGUGCAAGCAGACGUACUACUGCUCCAUCGUGUGCCAGAGAAGGGACUGGGCAGCCCACAGCAUCGUGUGCAAACCUGUUCAGCAGAAUUUCCACAAACUUGAAGAUAAUAAAUCACCUUUUGAAACAAAGAACAUGGACGUGAAAAAAGAGAGUGACUGUCCUCUUGGAGUUACUAAAGAAAUAACCAUUUGUGCUGAUAAAAUAAUGUUUUCUGAUUUGAGAAGCCUACAACUCAGGAAAACCAUGGAAAUAAAGGGUACAGUUACUGAAUUCAAACACCCAGGUGACUUUUAUGUGCAGUUAUAUUCUUCAGAAGUUUUAGAAUACAUGAACCAACUCUUUGUGAGCUUAAAGGAAACAUAUGCAAAUAAGGCACAUGAAGAAGAUUAUAUUCCUGUAAAGGGGGAAGUUUGUGUUGCCAAGUACACUGUCGAUCAGACCUGGAACAGAGUAAUAAUACAAGACGUUGAUGUGCUGCAGAAGAAGGCACAAGUCUUAUAUAUUGAUUAUGGAAAUGAAGAAAUGAUUCCAGUAAACAGAAUUCACCAACUGAACAGAAAAAUUGACUUGUUUCCUCCCUGUGCCAUAAAAUGCUUUGUGGCCAGUGUUAUCCCAGCAGAGGGGAAUUGGAGCAAUGAUUGUAUCAAAACUAUUAAAUCACUGUUAAUGGAGCAGUACUGCUCUGUAAAGAUUGUGGACAUCUUAAAAGAGGAAGUGGUUUCCUUUGCUGUGGAUGUUAUGCCGACAAGUUCAGGAAAAUUCUUAGACCAUGUGCUUAUAGAAAUGGGAUAUGGCUUGAAACCCAAGGGACAAAAUUCUAAGAAGCAAAGUGCAGAUUCAAGUGAUCUUGAAGAUGUCGGGAAAAUCAUAGCUGAAAACAAAAUUGUUGUAGACAGAGGUGACCUAAUCCCCAAAGUGCUAACUGUGAAUGUAGAUGAGGAGUUUUGCGGUGUGGUCGCCCACAUUCAGACUCCAGAAGACUUCUUUUGUCAACAACUACAAAGUGGGCAUAAGUAAAUCUUGAUUUAUAAGCUCCCUGAACUUCCGGCAUCACUUAGCGCGUACUGUAGUCAAGUGUCUCCACACUCUGAUUUUUAUCCAACCAUUGGUGAUGUCUGCUGUGCUCAGUUCUCUGGAGUAAAGCCAUCAUUAGGAGUUUGGACUCCAGAAGCUAUUUGUCUGAUGAGAAAAAUUGUACAGAACAAAAUGAUCACAGUGAAAGUGGUGGACAAGUUGGAAAACAGUUCCGUGGUGGAACUUACAGAUAGGUCUGUGACGCCCCACGUCAGUGUCACCAAAGGGCUCAUCGAUGCAGGCUUUGCUGUGGGGGACAAGGGGGUAGUGACAGAGAAGCCCAGUGACAUGAAAGAAGCCCGUGUUCCCUCGGGUGUAGAAGCAGAAAUCAGUCUGUUGGAGUGGACGUGGGUUGAACUUGCUGUCGAUCAGCCAGUAGAUGUUGUGGUCUGUAUGAUGUAUAGUCCUGGAGAAUUUUACUGCCAUGUGCUUAAAGAGGAUGCUCUAAAGAAACUCAGUGACUUGAACAAAUUGGUAGCAGAAUUUUGCCAGCAGAAGUUGCCUAAUAUUUUUAAGGCAGAAGUAGGGCAACCUUGUUGUGCUUUUUUUGUAGCUAUACAGCCUAGAAACAAACACUGGACCAGAGAAGCCAUAGCAAGAUUUCAGAUGUGUGUCACAGGGAUAAAACUCCAAGCCCGAGUGGUUGAAAUCACUGAAAAUGGAGUGGGAAUUGAACUCACCGAUCUUUCCACUUGUUAUCCCAGGGUAAUUGCUGAUGUUCUGAUUGAUGAACAUCUGGUUUUAAAAGCUAGUUCACCAUGUAAAGACUUAGUGAAAAACAGUCCUGUUAAUAAACAUGGUCUUCAAAUUGAUGCCCAGUGGCUUCAAGCCACCUCUUCAGCUGAGCAGUGGAGGACAAUAGAAUUGCCAGUUAAUAAAACUGUACAGGCAAGCAUAUUAGAAAUCGUAAACCCAAACUUGUUUUAUGCUCUACCAAAUGAAAUGCCAGGCAUUGUGGGUGUUGCUGGUGGAGAGGUAGAUGUCAUUCAGGUUCUCCAAACUUUGUAUGAAUUUUUUUCCUUCUUUCUGGAACUUUUGGAGGAGGGCAUCAUUGAAUGUAGCUUCUCGCCUGAGAUUCCUCUAUUUUCAGGUGAUGAUUUCUGGUACCGUGCCAUUGUUCUGGGGACGUCAGCUGCUGAUGUGAAAGUGCUCUAUGCAGACUAUGGAAACAUUGAAACUCUGCCUCUUUGUAGAGUGCAGCCAAUCUCUGCCAGCCACCUGGAGCUUCCUUUCCAAAUUAUUAAAUGUUCCCUUGAAGGACCCAUGGAAUUGAAUGAAAACUGUUCUCAAUUAAUAAUAGAGAUACUGAAAAAUUUCAUGUUGAAUCAGAAUAUAAUGCUUUCUGUAAAAGGAUUUAUCAAGAAUGUCCACACAGUGUCAGUUGAGAAGUGUUCUGAGAAUGGUACUGUCAAUAUAGCUGAUAAGCUGGUGAUGUAUGGUCUGGCAAAAAACAUCACAUCUAAAAAGCAAAGUGCUUUAAAUUAAGAAAAGGUGAACAGUAUGAAUUGCUGCUGCUCAGAGCUACAGAAACAAGUUGAAAAACAUGAACAGAUUCUUCUCUUCCUCUUAAACAAUCCAACCAAUCAAAACAAAUUUACUGAAAUGAAAAAAUUGUUAAAAAGUUAAGUAAGUUAAAUUUGAUGUUUUUG